UGGAGAGCGGGCAAAGGCAGCGAGGCUGAAAGGUUUCCCCUCUGCCAUCACAAUGGCUACAUCAACCCAAGUGUCUGGAUUGUCUCUUCCAUGCCUGCUGCUGGUCCUUCUCCUGGAGAUCCCUGGUGCCGGGGCCCAGGAGUUCCAGCUGCUGCAGCCCCGGAGCAACGUGUCGGUGCCAGUGGGAGAGACUCUCACUCUGAGCUGCUCUGUGACUGGGCUCGCUCCACCAGGACCCGUGAAGUGGUUCAAGGGCUCGGGCAGUGGCCACCAGCUCGUUUAUGACCUGACGGGAUCAUUCCUCCGGGUGACGCGGGCUGUGAGUGCCUCUGACACAGACUUCACCAUCCACAUCAGUGACACCCGCCCCGAGGAUGCCGGGACCUAUCACUGUGUGAAGUUUCAGGAGGGGUCGGGACCCGAUGAGAUCAGCUCCGGCGCUGGCACGGCCGUGUCUGUGAGCGGUAGGUGGCCGUUCGCCAGCCCAGCUCUCUGGAUCGGGCUCUUCCUGGAGAAGGUGCUGAUUGCCGCCUUCCUCCUCUUCUCCUUCCUCUCCACGAUGGGCACAGGCCCGAGGGCCGUUUCCUGAUUUUCUCGCACCGUCGCUGCCUGCCAACGUCUCCGUCUGCACCUCCGUCCCCGCAGGCCAGGCAAUGAGUCCACCACGGAUGCACCUGCAGUGAACCCUGGUGGUCGGGCAGGGAGCCCAGGCCUGAUGGGAUGUACCCGCCAAACUCACCCACCU